AUAUAAGAAGUAGGGGCACAAAAUGAAAUAAAAAAUUAGUUUGUGGGUUCGUUUAUAAAGUCACCCUCUCCAGCUCUGCUUGCUUGAUUGAGCCUCUGGCAAUAGGCCAUGUGAUCUUGCUAGGAUUGGAUUCCUCUCUCUGAUUGACUUCCGGCAGAAGCUAUCGGAAAACGACGUCAAUCCGGACGCUAUCGUCGGAAUCUGAGGAGCAUUGUCGGAGAAGCUUGGGAGAAUUGCUAUGAGUGGCGUACGGAACAGUGUUGAAACUGUGAAUGCGGCUGCAACCGCCAUUGUUGCGGCUGAAAGCAGAGUGCAACCAGAUGUCGUUCAGAAGAGGAGAUGGAGUAGCUGUUGGAGCAUUUACUGGUGUUUCGGAUCAUACAAACAAAGCAAGCGAAUCGGCCAUGCUGUUCUUGUCUCCGACUCGGCUCCAACUGGCGUCGUACCUCCAGUUGCCGAAAACGGUAACCAUUCUUCUACCAUAGUCUUGCCAUUUGUAGCCCCUCCUUCUUCCCCAGCUUCUUUCCUACAGUCCGACCCUCAGUCGUCCAUUCAAUCGCCUUCCGGUUUACUCUCCCUCGCGUCCCUCUCCGUUCAUGUCCAAUCUCCCGGAGGGACUGCGCCGAUUUUUACGAUCGGCCCGUAUGCUCAUGAAACCCAGUUAGUUUCGCCACCCGUGUUUUCUACCUUCACCACGGAGCCGUCGACCGCUUCUUUCACCCCACCCCCCGAACCCGUGCACCAGAUGACUACACCUUCUUCCCCGGAAGUCCCAUUCGCCGAGCUCUUGUCUUCUUCACUCGCUCGAAGCCGGAGGAGCGGCGGGACGAGCAUGAAAUACUUGUCUCAAUAUGAGUACAAGCCUUAUCAGUACCCGGGAAGCCCCGGCAGCCAUGCUCGAUCGCCGGGGUCGGCGGUUUCGACUUCGGGUACCUCGUCGCCAUUCCCCGACAAGCGCCCGAUUAUCGGAUACGAGCAUUUUCCUAACUAUAAGUGGGAUUCGAGAGUUGGUUCCGGGUCAUUGACGCCGAACGACGGAAUUUCGAGAUUCGGUUCUGGAGCUUUGACUCCGAAUGGUGGCGUUUCGAGGCUCGGCUCGGGAGCUUUGACGCCGAACGGCGGGAUUUCGAGGUUGGGCUCCGGGACCUUGACGCCCAAUGGCGGCGGAGAAGCUGAAAUCCCAACCCGAAACGGCAAGAUCUCUGAGGUCAAAGUGCUCGUCAACUCCGACGAUGCUGUGGUUGGGCAUAGAGUCUCGUUCGAAUUGUUCGGCGAAGACAUCCCGACGUGCACGGUGAGUGCGCCAAUCCCUCCGCUUAACAACCUCGCCGGGAAUCUACAGGUUGCAUCGGGACAAGAUGCGAAGGAAGAUAAUCCUACGGGUACUACGAACACAGACAACCUUAAAGAUCUCUUCAACGACGAAAAUGUUACUGAACUUCCCUCGAACCCGUCAUAUGCCGAAGAAGAAGAUCAGAAGAGCCGUACCAUAUCGCUUGGUUCGAGUAAAGAUUUCAACUUUAACAAUGCAAAGGGAUCGGGGACCGACAAAUCGAGCGUCGAAUGCGAGUGGUGGACUAAUGACACAGCUGCGACGAACGAGGAAAGCCCGCGGAAUAGCUGGAGUUUCUUCCCGAUGCUACGCUCGGAAGCUCGAUGACGACGGCGGCGACGACGGACAUGUAUAUAUAUCACAUCCUCCAAUAAUCUAGAUGAAUCUUUCUGCAUGCUCUCUCAAAAGAGGUACCUCUAUAUCCCAUACAUCUUUUCUUUCUGGGUUUCGACAUGGUAUAUGUUGUCUAGAACUUU